AUGUCAUCAGGAUUUAAAAAAGUUCCGGAAGAAGACGACUUCUCAGAUUAUGACAAUACACUCUACGAUGAUUUCGAUGAACUUAAUGAAAGGACUGUCCAAGAAACGAAGGGAUGGAAUUUAUUUCGAGAGAUCCCUAUCAAGAAAGAGAGUGGUUCGAUGGUCGAGAAAAGAUGGAUUGAUACCAGUCUUCAGAUUCUUAAGCUUUUAGCAUACAUAGUAGUAUUCGCGGUAGUUUUGGGGUCCGCUGUGGUUGCUAAAGGAACACUACUCUUUAUCACAUCCCAGCUGAAGAAAGGUCGACAAAUUCCACAUUGUAACAGACUAUUAGCUAUAGAUGCACAGUUCAUUACAGUACAUAGUCUAGAGGAGCGGAUCUCAUGGUUAUGGGCGGCACUCAUAGUUUUCGGUUUUCCAGAAAUGGGUAUAUUCCUUAGAUCUUGUAGGAUCUCCUUUUUUAAGUUCGCUAAUAAACCAGAAAGCAAGAUCAUUUACUUUAUAACUUUCUUUAUAGAAACGCUGCAAGCUAUCGGUCUUGCAAUAUUAGUGAUUUUUAUUCUUCCCGAAUUGGAUGUUGUUAAGGGUGCGAUGUUGAUGAACGCCAUGUGCUUCGUGCCCGCCGUGUUAAAUGCCCUGACAAGAGACCGCACCGACGCCCGAUACUACAUAAUACUCAUUUUAGAUAUACUCGCUAUUACUGCUCAGGCUACGGCUUUCGUAGUCUGGCCUCUACUUGAAGGAAGCGUUAUUUUGUAUUUGAUUUGUGUGUCGAGUGUAUUGAUAUCAUUAGGCUGGUGGGAAAACUUCAUUGGACCUACUGAAAAACAAACGCAAGGGUAUUUAUUGUGGCUGGCUUCAACCCGCGACGCUCUCAAGACGUCACGGUACUAUACAUCCAGGUUUACUUCAAUUUGGAAGAUAUUAGUAUUCAUGGCAUGCAUAUUGAUCUCAUUGCAUUUUCAAGGAGAUGACCCGUUCAGUUUCUUCACUCUUGCUUCUACUGCUUUUGGUGAACGUUAUUAUACCGUCCACGAAGUUCAAGUUGUAAUUCAAGACGCAUAUGAUGGACUUCUUGAAUACAUAGUGUCCGGCAAGUCUUUAGACGUGUCAGCAGAAUGGGCGUCUCCACUAUGGGUUUCUCUUAUACAAAUAGUUUCCGCUUACGUUUGUUUCGUAAGCGGGAAGUUAGCAUGUAAAAUUCUUAUACAAAACUUCAGCUUCACUUUUGCGUUAAGUCUUGUUGGGCCGCUCACUAUAAAUUUGUUGAUAGUUUUCUGCGGAUUGAGAAAUGCAAAUCCUUGUGAAUUCAGUUACACAAUACCGGACUAUCUAUUUUUUGAUAUACCUCCAGUGAAUUUACUUAGAGACUACGUGGGUCGUGAAAUGGCUUGGGUAUGGAUCUUGUGGCUAAUGUCACAAGCGUGGAUAUGUUUUCAUGCGUGGCAGCCGCGAUGUGAUCGUUUAACAUCCACCGACAAACUGUUCGCGAAGCCAUGGUACUGUGGUCCCCUUAUUGAUCAGUGUUUACUGAUGAAUCGUACGCAUGACGAUAACAAAGAAAUUGUUCUAGAGAAUGUGGAGGGCAUUGAUAAUGUAUCAAUCAAUAGCGUAGACAAAUCGAAGGACAUUAAACCCUCAGAUUAUACAUCCAGGAUUUAUGUAUGUGCCACCAUGUGGCAUGAAACAAAAGAAGAAAUGAUGGAUUUCUUAAAGUCUAUAUUCCGUUUGGAUGAAGAUCAAAGUGCAAGACGUGUAGCGCAGAAAUACUUGGGCAUUGUCGAUUCGGAUUACUAUGAGUUGGAAGCGCAUAUGUUUAUGGACGAUGCAUUUGAAGUUUCCGAUCACAGCAUGGAAGACUCUCAAGUGAACCGUUUCGUGAAAUGUCUAGUGGACUCGGUGAAUGAAGCAGCAUCAGAGGUCCACUUGACACAUGUCAGACUGAGGCCCCCUAAGAAAUAUCCUACGCCAUACGGCGGCAAGUUAGAGUGGACUAUGCCGGGAAAGAAUAAACUGAUCUGCCACUUGAAAGACAAGUCGAAAAUAAGGCAUAGAAAACGAUGGUCCCAGGUUAUGUAUAUGUACUAUUUCUUGGGUCAUCGUUUAAUGGGUCUACCUGUAUCCGUGGAUCGGAAGGAAGUGAUCGCGGAAAACACUUACCUACUGGCACUUGAUGGAGACAUUGACUUCAAACCUUGUGCUGCUACUUUGCUGAUUGAUUUAAUGAAAAAGAAUAAGAAGUUGGGAGCUGCCUGUGGCCGUAUUCAUCCGGUGGGCGCUGGUUUUAUGGCUUGGUACCAGAAGUUCGAGUACGCCAUCGGACAUUGGUUACAAAAGGCCACUGAGCACAUGAUCGGCUGUGUACUCUGUAGUCCUGGAUGCUUCUCGCUGUUCAGGGGAAAAGCUCUCAUGGACGACAACGUAAUGAAGAAAUACACUCUCACUCCUAGCGAAGCCCGGCAUUACGUACAAUACGAUCAAGGUGAAGACCGAUGGUUAUGCACUUUACUACUCCAACGUGGUUAUCGUGUUGAGUAUUCAGCGGCGUCCGACUCGUAUACACAUUGUCCCGAACGCUUCGACGAAUUCUUUAAUCAACGACGACGAUGGGUUCCCUCCACCAUGGCGAAUAUCUUAGAUUUACUUUCCGACUCCAAGCGCACUGUAAAAGUCAACGAUAGUAUAUCCACGCCUUACAUCAUGUAUCAGACGAUGUUAAUGGUGGGUACUGUGUUGGGACCGGGCACUAUAUUCCUGAUGAUGGUGGGCGCCAUCAACGCUAUAACCGGCAUGAGUAAUAUUAACGCACUCUUCCUAAACCUCGUUCCUAUAGCUAUUUUCGUAGUGGUCUGCAUGACCUGCAAGUCGGAAACCCAGCUCUUUUUAGCCAGUUUGAUAACCUGCGCGUACGCAAUGAUCAUGAUGCUCGUUAUAGUCGGAAUAGUAUUGCAGAUUAUUGAAGACGGUUGGCUUGCGCCGUCCAGUAUAUUUACAGUAUUGGUAUUUGGAUCGUUCUUCGUAACGGGUGCUCUACACCCGCAAGAGAUAAAUUGUCUCUUAUAUUUGCUCGUAUACUAUAUAACUAUUCCCAGUAUGUACAUGUUGCUUAUUAUCUACUCUUUGUGCAACUUGAAUAAUGUUUCGUGGGGAACACGCGAGGUGGCGCAGAAGAAGACGUUGAAGGAAAUGGAACAGGAAAAGAAAGAAGCUGAAGAAGCCAAAAAGAAGAUGGAGACCCAAACCAUAUUGAAUUUUCUCGGCAAAUCUGAUGAGACCGAGGGCUCUAUGGAGUGUGGUGUCUCUGGUCUAUUCCGUUGCAUGUGUUGUACUAAUCCGAAAGACCAUAAAAACGAUUUGCAUUUGGUGCAGAUCGUCAAUAGUAUUGAAAAAAUUGAGAAGAAGAUGGAAGCUAUGGGUGCUCCAGUGGAAUCUGUUGAGACUAACCCAGUCCGUAGGCAAUCUACAAUGGGUCUUCGUGCAACAUUAUCUGCGUUGCCCGAAGAUGAAGGUAGCGAGAUCUCCAUGGAUGUGCCCACUGAAGUCCGAGAUCCCCUUAUCAAUCCGUAUUGGAUAGAAGAUCCCAACCUACAAAAGGGCGAAGUGGACUUUUUGACAACCGCCGAGACAGAAUUCUGGAAGGACUUAAUAGACACAUACUUGCGGCCCAUUGACGAGAAUAAAGAGGAACAAGAACGUAUCAAAACCGACUUGAAGAAUUUGCGCGACAAAAUGGUAUUUGCAUUCGUUAUGUUGAACGCGCUAUUUGUGCUGGUAAUAUUCCUGCUUCAGCUCAACCAGGAUCAGCUGCAUCUCAAGUGGCCAUUGGGACAACAUUAUUCUAUUGUUUACGACGAUGACAAUAAUAUUGUGCAUAUCGAGAGUGAUUAUUUGAUGUUGGAACCGAUCGGCUCAGUGUUCUUGAUAUUCUUUGGAUCGGUAAUGCUGAUUCAGUUUACCGCGAUGCUGUUCCAUCGUAUUGGCACUCUUUGUCACUUAUUGGCCACUGUUAAACUGAACUGGUACUUCACCAAGACGACCGAUGAAGUUACUCAACAUGCUCAUAUAGAAAAGAAUGCGAUAAAUAUUGCGAAAGAGAUGCAGAAAUUAAACGUGGACGAUUUAAAUAAAGAGGGCGUCAGCGAAGCCCCCGUGGCGCACAGAAAGACCUUGCAUAAUUUAGAGCGGAUCAAAGACAGUAAACAUAGCACUGUCAAUCUAGACGCCGUGUUCAAGAUGCGAUUGCAGAAUCCUGAUCCAGAUAUAUUAGCGCGCAUGCCGUCUCUGGGAGGCACGUUGGCUACACGCAAGGCGACAUUGGCCGCGCUACAGACGCGAAGGGACACGGUAGUGGCGGAGCGAAGACGCUCACAGAUGCAGAGACGUGACUCCACAGACGAGUUCCUUUAUAAUGCGCCCGAUGCUGCGAUGGUGGAUGCAUCCAGACGUCGUCCCACAGGAGCGUUUGUGAAUAGAAGCUAUGAACCAGCAUUAGAUAGUGACGAGGAAGAUAUAGUGCGACCGCCGCGACGAAGCACUUUACGUUUUCUCCAGUGA